UCCCUUCGGGGCUGGGCGCGCGCCUCACGGGGCCCUCUACUCCGUCCCAGCAGUUCCUGCAGCCGGGUCGCGCGGCUCCACCUCCUCCUCCUCCUCCUCCUCCUCCUCCUCCUCCCUCCUCCUCCUCCUCCCUCCCCCUCCUCCUCCUCCUCCUCCUCCUCCUCCUCCUCCUUCUCCUUCUCCUCCUCGCCACCGUCGCCGCCGCCCCAGGACUCAGCGGAGCCUCUCCAGAAGCCGUCGCCACCGCCGCUUCCUCCGCCGCCGCCUCCGCCGCCGCCGCCCUCAGGAUGGUGAUUCGCGUGUACAUCGCGUCCUCCUCCGGUUCCACCGCGAUCAAGAAGAAACAGCAAGAUGUCUUGGGGUUCUUGGAAGCGAACAAGAUAGGGUUCGAAGAGAAGGAUAUUGCAGCCAAUGAAGAGAAUCGGAAAUGGAUGCGUGAAAACGUGCCUGAAGGAAGUCGUCCAGCCACAGGGAACCCACUUCCCCCUCAGAUCUUCAAUGAGUGCCAAUACCGUGGGGAUUAUGAUGCCUUCUUUGAAGCCAGAGAAAAUAAUGCGGUGUAUGCCUUCUUGGGCUUGACAGCCCCGCCUGGGUCAAAGGAAGCCCAAGCACUGGCAAAGCAGCAAGAGUGAACCCUUCUGCUUCCUGUCGAGAGAGUCGCCACCGCCAUCGCUUUUCUAAAAUAGCAAAAUUAUCCUGGCUUCCAGAAAACAAUCGGCUUCAUGUCUACGGCAUCAAUUUGUUGCUUGGUGUGCUCAAUGUCCAAACGAUAGCCAAUGAAAUACAUGAUUAAAAUGUGAAUGUUUUAUGGUUAGAGCUUAUGGGAGGUGAUUAUUGUAAAAUUACAAGUAGAUGUGAUGGAGUGGUCUUGUGAUCUUUCUGGGCAUUCGUGCCCCCCCCUUUUUUUGUAAUCGUAAUGCAAAAACCUCUCUCUUAUAUUAUUAUUUUUGUUAUUACUGCAGCUUAAAUAUUUCCAGAGCUCCUGUUGUUAAGCAUAUGAGAAUCCAAAAUAAAACAGGAGGGGAGGAGAAUCCGUCUAAUUCAUUUGCUGCCUCGAUAUCCUCCUAGAUUUUUCCAAGCAAGUACUUGUGCACCAUUUUGAUGUGUUUCUGUUGUGAUUUUUAAAGAAGCCAUAAGCACCGUUUAUCAUUUGGCACUUGUCAUGAUGACUUAUGGCCAUUCCUUUACUCCGAAUCUUUUGUAGAUGGAAACUGUCAUGCUCUCGGGGCUCCUCGGCAUAGCCCUGUGUUUCUCAUUUUGGUGAUCCGCAGAUACCCCUUUGCUCUGAGAAGUCAUAAAAGCAUUCAGGUGACAGGUCCCGUGCAUUACUACCCAGCUCAGGUUUAAUGUUGUCUUUCAGGGUAUGCAAAGACUGCUCUGUGGCGGAGCACUCGGCCCUUAGGCUUUUAGUCAACAUGGGUGUCGCGGAACCCUUCAAUUACAUGGCUGAAAAUGGGCAGAAAGUCUUCGUGCAAGGAGCCCAAGUCUCCAUGGGAGGGGUUGUGGAGCAAACAUUCCCCAGGUGAUAGUUGGGGCUGUGCCUUGCUAGGUGGUUGUGUUUCUCCCUUCAGUUUUCAAAUGACACAUCACCAUAGCACUAAGCUCCUGAAAUUGGCAAAUAGGAAUCAGAAACUCAGCUGUGCAAAUGCAUUUUCUUAGCAUGUGAAGCUUAUUUUUUCAUGAGUACAUUAAGUUUAGAUGGAUUUAUCUUUUCUCCACUUCAAUAAUAGCAAACAUUCAGUCAGAGUAUCCAUCCAAGCAAGGGACCAAUUUAAAAUCAUAACCCCGAAGGCUGAUAAAAGGGCAAAGAGCAAUAUGGCCUCCAUCACUUACGCAGGGAGCAGUUUUCUUACCAUGGAGCAAUUCUACUUAGCCUUUGUUACUAAAAACACCCCAUGGGCACCCCCAUUUUCCUUUAAGUGACUUUCCAUUACCCUGCGCUGUAUGCAUUGCUGUGUCAUUUGCCAAAAUCAACAUGUAAUGAAUAUAUGGCAUUGUUUACGGAGGUUCAACACGGGCACAGUGCUUUAAAGUGAGAUCAACAUUUUUAGAAACAGAAAUUACAGACUGCUGGGGAUCUGAAAUGAAUAGGAGUAAUGCCAAAUGAAUAGUAUGUGGUUUCUUCUGAAGGGGAGGGAGGAGAACGGGAACAGUGGAAAGAAAACUGUUUAAAUAUUCCCGAGUUUGCUCGGCAGACUUGUUCUGGGUUAUGAAGUUGCCGUCGGCAAAAACGUUUCGAGAACAAAUGUUCAGCUGAUCUGUGUGUGAAUAACGGCAUCGUUAAUACUGGGGGACACGAGGUAUCUGGACCAGAUUCUAACACGGGAAACAUUUGGGCCGAAAAUGAGUUUGCUCCGCUUCCUUGUAGGAGAGGUCAAUGGAUUUUAGUGGCUAGAGAGCUGGCCUCAAAGCCAGGAAGACCUGAGUUAAGCUCUUCUGACCUAUCCUGACCGUGUGACUCUGGACAAAUCAACUAAACUCUUGGUUCUGGGCAACUCUCUGAGACUCUUAAGUCAUGGAGAAGACGGCAACCUGCAUUGGUAGGACUUUUAACACCUUCCAGAUACCAGUGAAAUCAAAGGUGUGCUCCUCCUAUCUCGGGCCUUCUCUCUCACGCAGAGGAGAGGGUACUGCCAUCUGGGUUCUGUUCUCAAGGGGAAAGCAGCUAGCCGGAGCAGGGAUUCUAUUGAGUGGCUAGCCUCCAGUCGAGUGGUUCACGACUGAUAAAGUGACACAUUCAUCCACACAGAAAAAAAAUACAACUGUCUGCCCUGCCCAGUUGAGUUUCAUGCUAAAGGGGAGUUCUUUAUUUCCUUGGCUGUGUCCCCUAUAGCUAGGUCCAAUAAAGUAGAUGAGAGAGUGAAAAGCAGAAUGUCAAUAGUUCUGAUGAGAAAAGAAAAUCAGAUUUCCCUAGAAAACCUGUCCUCUGGUGACAAAAUUUUAGGGGAGUUGACAGCAUAUUACUUUUUGGGGGAUCAGAUCUGUUGGUUGAACCAUCAAUCCAAAGAGAUGGAUUUCAGGUGUUUGAGCCGAUUUUUUUUUCUGAAACAGAUUUAUUCUACCGGGUUGGAAAAAAGCGGGGGGGGGGGGGGGGGGAUAUUAGCUUCUUCUCUCCAGAUCCGGCUCAGGCUUUAGGGGAGGGAGUUUUUAACCUUUGGAUGUCACGGACCUUGCAGGUACUCUGCUGAAGCUUAUAGACCCCUUCUUGGAAUGAUUCUUUACAAAUUCAUCAUUAGAGGAAAUGUUCAAUUUUAAUGAGAGUAAUGAAAAGAUGCCUUUUUCCCACCCAAAUUCACGGGGUCCCUGAAAUCGACCCAUGCAUCCCUUGGGAAUCCACUGUCCCCAGGUUAAGAACCACUCAUGCCAGAGGGAACAGAAGCGACUUGCUUCUGAAGAGCUGAAAGCUGGGAAUCGAGUGCUGGAGCCCCAGUGGUUCUCGGGGGGGGGGGGGGGGGGGGGGGAAUCCAGAGGAAGGAGAGGCAAGGAAAAAGCCACUGCUUGAUUGUGUUGUGCUUCUGAUUCAAUUAUGAACGCUUAAGAUUCGGGAAGGAUUGGUAUUGUUCCCUCUUUCCCCCAUCAUUUUUUCUUUAGCUUAAAUAGAAAUAAAUAGCUUUGCUUUGAAACAAUGAUUUACCAUUCCAAUAAAACUCUUUAAGAUGCUUUCACA